UUUGGCAUUUCACUGGUCGCGCAAGCUCCCGUCGGAUAAGGAUCUUCCAUGGCACCGCACGGGCAUGCAUCGUAUGGCGCCACGUCGACCGAGUCGACCCCCCUCGUUGCCCCUGAUAAGAAGAAGACCCCCGUGGCUCUGUCGGAAUCGUCGCUGCGCGCGCGCAAGAAGUUGCAAUGGGCGUGCUUGUUCUCGCUCGUGUUUAUGGUUGCCGAAGUCGUGGGUGGGUUUAUGGCCGGCAGUCUUGCGAUCAUGACUGAUGCCGCGCACUUGCUCAGCGACGUGGCUGGGUUUUGCAUCUCCCUCUUUGCAAUUUGGGUCCAAACGUUGCCGGCCAGCUCCAACAUGACGUUUGGGUUCCACCGCGCGGAAAUCCUCGGCGCGAUCAUUAGCGUGUUGGUGAUUUGGGUGCUCACGGGCUUUUUGGUCUACGCCGCCAUCGAACGGUUCCAAGACGCAAUCAGCGACUCUCCCCAAGAGCACGUCGAUGGCAAGCUCAUGUUCAUCGUGGCGACCAUCGGCCUGGUUGUGAACCUCGCCUUGAUGAAAAUCCUUGGCCAUUCGCACUCACACGGCAUUGGCGGGGCUUCCCACGGGCACAGCCAUGGAGGCCACGAUGACCACGGGCACAGCCAUGGAGGCCACGAUCAUCAUGGACAUAGCCAUGGACAUGAUGACCACGAUGACCACCACAGCCACGGACACCACGACGUCGAGCACGGCCAUUCCCACGGCGACCACGGCAAGAAGGAAGCUUCAAACGGCAAGCCGACGCUGGAAAACCUCAAUAUCCAAGCGGCGUACAUUCACGCGUUGGGCGACUUUAUCCAAAGCCUCGGUGUGUGCAUUGCUGGCGCAUUGAUUUGGUACAACCCGGCGUGGCAAGUGGCCGACCCGAUCGCGACCUUUUUGUUUUCCAUCUUGGUGCUGUACACGACCAUCGACAUCGUGCGGGGCUCGGUCCACGUCUUGAUGGAAGGCACACCUGAAGGCUUUGACACGGAAGAGAUCAUGAAGGGACUCGAGAGCCUCCCGUCUGUCGCGGAAGCACAUGAUUUGCACAUUUGGUCGCUCAACGCCGGCCUCCCUUCGCUCAGCGUGCACCUGGUGACGCACAAAGAUAACGUCGACGAUCCCCUCCACGAGGCACAAGAGUACUUGAUCUCGAAGGGCAUCGACCACACCACGAUUCAAGUCGAGCGGGCCUUGACGACGUACCCCCGAGACUGCAAUGACACGGUGCACUGCGGUCAGCUCUCGCCCAAAUAGACCAUGUCUGGGUUGGACAGCAUGACGAAUUGUACUGCAUUCUAAAGCACCCCCCAUGAUUCCCCCUCUC